CUGCGCUUCAAUGGCUGUCCUGCAGACACACUGAGGAUUUGCAAUCCACGCGUGGAAGAACGACUAAUCUCAUACUGCAUGCACGUCUCAUUUGAUUGCAUGUUUGAUUCAGUUAAAGGCUGCAUUUCCUCUCUGAUGCCGGGAAUUAUUUCCAGCUUUAAUCGACUUUACACGAGAUAACCUCAAACUAGAGGAGACAUACUGUCUUGUUUGACAGCUCUCAAGUGCAUCUUGAUUUUUUUAUAUAUAUUUUUUUCUGUAUGUACGACGACUUUUAAAUCCAAACUUAUUUUGAUAUUUCGUCCAUAAUCGUCGGAGCAACAUUAAAGCCUGUUUAUAAUAAUAAUAAUUGCAAGUCCAAAUUUUAAACGCGUCUCGGACAGCUUGUACUUUGCGAACUGAAUCCGAAUCGUCGCCGCUUCAUUAAAACACAAUAGCAGCGCUGAUCUAGAUUCACUGUUGUUCAGCAGCCCAGACUCGGGUGCACACAGCGCCUGUAUGGGAGUGAAACUCUCCCACACGGAAGUGACUUCCACACGUUAGGCCAGUGGUCGUUUGUGUUCUUCUAGGUGGAUUGAUAUUGGUUGCGUCCAUUGAAUUAGUUAUUAAAAUGAUUCCUGACAAGGCACCAGGCGAGGAAGUGUUGCACGCUUCAGGAGACUUGAAGAAACAAGCGCACAUCCCCAGCUUUGAGAAAUACAAAGAGCUCUACAUCAGAUCUGUCGAGUCUCCUGAGGAGUUCUGGGGAGAUGUUGCCGAGGAUUUUUUCUGGAAGACAAAAUACACCGGGAAGUUCCUGGACUACAAUUUCGACGUGACCAAGGGUGACAUUUUCGUGAAGUGCAUGGAAGGUGCCACAACCAACAUCUGCUAUAAUGUUUUGGACCGCAACGUCCAUGAGAGGAAACUUGGUGACAAAGUGGCUUUUUACUGGGAAGGUAAUGAACCUGGAGAUGAGAAGACGGUGACCUACAGAGAACUGCUGCAGCAAGUCUGCAAGUUUGCCAAUGUCCUCAAGUCACAAGGUGUGAAGAAAGGUGACCGUGUAUCUAUUUACAUGCCCAUGGUGGUGGAGCUGGUGGUGGCUAUGUUGGCCUGCGCUCGGAUUGGAGCGGUCCACGCUAUUGUGUUCGCCGGUUUCUCCGCCGAGUCGUUGUGUGAAAGGAUCAUGGACUCUCAAUGCUGUAUUCUUAUAACGGCAGAUGGUUUUUACCGCGGUGAUAAGCUGAUCAGUCUGAAGCUAAUAGCUGAUGAGGCGCUACAGAAAUGCAGGGACAAGUCUUUCACAGUGGAGAAGUGUAUAAUGCUAAAACGCCUCACAAAAGAAGAUGAGGCUUCGUCUGGAUCGCUGUCGCCCCCUGUGAAACGCACCUGCCCCGAUCUGCAGCAGGAGAAACAGAAAGAAAGAUUAAGGAAGGUCCGUCCCCCCCCACAGGUGCCGUGGAAUCCUGAGGUUGAUUUGUGUUGGCACUCUCUGAUUGGUGGAGCAUCAGAGGAGUGUGAGCCUGUCUGGUGUGAUUCAGAAGACCCGCUCUUCAUCCUCUACACCAGCGGCUCUACUGGGAAACCGAAGGGUGUAUUGCAUACAGUGAGUGGCUACAUGCUUUACACUGCGGCCACCUUUAAGUUGGUGUUUGAUUAUCACUCUGAUGAUGUGUACUGGUGCACUGCAGACAUUGGUUGGAUCACCGGCCACUCAUACAUCACAUAUGGGCCCCUGGCCAAUGGCGCGACCAGUGUGUUGUUUGAGGGUCUUCCCACAUACCCGGAUGUGAGCCGAAUGUGGGAGAUUGUUGAUAAAUAUCACGUCUCCAAGUUCUACACAGCACCCACCGCCAUCCGGCUCCUGAUGAAGUACGGCAGUGAGCCCGUUCAGAAGUAUAACCGGACCUCCCUGAAGAUUUUGGGGACCGUAGGGGAGCCCAUAAACCCAGAAGCCUGGCAGUGGUACUACAGCGUGGUGGGAGAGAAGAGAUGUCCGGUGGUGGACACCUUCUGGCAGACUGAGACGGGUGGGCAUGUGAUGACCCCUCUGCCGGCCGCUACUCCCAUGAAGCCUGGCUCUGCUACAUUUCCCUUUUUUGGGGUUGUACCUGCUAUUCUAAAUGAGUCAGGGGAGGAACUUGAAGGCCCAAGUGAGGGCUAUCUGGUGUUUAAACAGCCUUGGCCAGGUGUGAUGAGAACUGUGUACGGGAACCACGAAAGGUUCGAAACCACCUACUUCAAGAAAUUCCCUGGAUUUUACGUGACUGGAGAUGGUUGUCGUAGAGAUAAGGACGGGUACUACUGGAUCACUGGAAGGAUAGAUGACAUGCUGAAUGUGUCUGGGCACUUACUGAGCACUGCAGAGGUGGAGUCGGCGCUGGUGGAGCAUGAAGCUGUGGCUGAGGCAGCGGUUGUGGGGAGGCCACACCCUGUUAAAGGCGAGAGUCUCUACUGUUUUGUCACCCUCAAUGAUGGAAUCAACUACAACCAAAAGCUGGAGGUGGAGCUUAAAAAGCAGGUGAGGGAGAAGAUUGGUGCCAUAGCUACACCUGACUACAUUCAGAAUGCACCUGGCCUUCCAAAAACCAGAUCAGGUAAGAUCAUGCGGCGUGUGUUGCGGAAGAUAGCGUGUAACGAGCAGGAUCUAGGUGACGUGUCCACAUUAGCAGACAGCUCUGUCAUUGAACAACUGUUUGAGAACCGCUGCUGUACUGCUGUGUGACCACCAGUAGCAUCCCUCACAACGCCACCGUCUGGCCCCAACACGAGCUUCAGUUCUGGAGGGAAGAGGAUGAGUCUGAGCUAUAAUGGAGUUUAGGAUAACGCUAGUGGGCUGACGGAAAGAAAAAAGCUUAGAGAUGUAUAAUUCCUACUGCAAUUCGCCGACUUUAAGAAAUCUCUUGGAAACCCAAGGUUUGGGUUUGGCAUAGAGUUUUAACUGCAUUUUUUACAGGACCCACUUAUAUGUUAGAAAUCAUUUUUACCCCCAAAAGUUUAUUUUUAUUAUGUUUAUAAUUUCCUCCUCUUUUCUCCAUGUUCAGUUCUUUCAUUAAUCUUUAUAUGACUACACUGUCCUGCUUUAAUUGUGCCAACAUAACCUCAAAAACUUUUUUUCACUACUAAAACGGGAAAAUAAUAUGUUAUGUCAUGAUUUUGUUGUGUACUAUGUAAUAGCACUGUUUAAAAUCACUCUGCUUUGGUCGAAGGUUUCAUUUUUAACAUUUAAAGCUACACAUUGUAUAGAACUUUCUAUACAGGCCAAAGCAUGCAUUAAUAUUUACCAGAAUAACAUGGUAUCAUGCAGGUGUAUUUACCAUGUAUAUUUUAUCCCUGGAACAGUUUGCAAGUUUGUGAUAAAAGUUUGUGUGAACUGCUUUUAUAUUUCUCCAGAAAAGUUAUGAAAGAGCUAUGAUUGACUGCAUAAAGGCUGUAUGUUAAUUUGAAAACACACUCAACAGAAGUGAAUGACAUUUCUGACCAUGAUGGUCAUAGUUCUCUGAAUCUAAGAUGACACUUAGACCCGUUCAGUAGGCUUUCCAUUUAUCAAGUCAUAUUUAAAUGUGUUAAAAUCUGUAUUUUAUAUUGUGAAGGUAUCCUCUCAAGAAGCUUUUUCAGGAGAAAAGUGAUCAAAUUCCAGCCGUUUCAUGAGUGUAUGGUGCUCUCAUGCACCACUACUGCAUCUCUGGGCUGUAUUUGUUGCUAUUGUCAAAUUGAUUUCUUCCAUCUUGGCAUUAACUGUUUUGUUGGUGGAGUUUUGGAUAUUUCAUAGCUCUUAUUGUGGCCGAGUAUUAGCUGUCAAUGCUUUUCUCAACCCUGUAAACAUUCACUAGCCCUAUAUGAUGAGCGACUGAACCUUUGAAGUUUAGAUUGUGUUUUUUACCCUUACGUUGCUUUUCAUUCAUUUUCUUGUAAUCAUUUGAUCAGAGCAAUGUCUCAAACCGAACUGGGUGAAUUAAAGUGCUGAAAUUUUAAAAUGGU